UAGAAAGCAUAACAGUGCAUGUAUAUUAUGUUUAAAAUGCUGUUUAUUACUAUUUUCUGUAUGAUUGUUGUAAAUUUGAACGAAGCACGAGGACACAGCCCCCUCCGAGUGUACAAAGGACGGCCGGAUUUGAGAAAUGAAUUUCCAUUCGUUGUACUAUUCCAACUGAAGAAACCGCCCUACUUUAGAUCGUGCACCGGUAGCCUGAUAUCUGAAACUUUGGUGCUCACAGCGGAACAUUGCUUGUCGCCAGUUCAUAUUCGAACAAACAUAGUAAGAUAUGGAGAAUUCACUCUACCGGGCAAUGAAACAAAAUUAUACAGCGAGAUAUUAAAAGUGUUCCUCCCUAAAGCAGAAACUAUUGACAUUGGAAUAGCUCUAGUCCAAAAGAUAUCUAAGCCUCGUGCGAAGUUGCUAGCAAUAGAUUACAAGACUCUUUAUGGCCUGCCUGCUAAGUACGCUGGAUUUGGCAGAACACUUAGUGACAUAUACGGUACAUCACUGGAGGAGCGUUACAGAAUGUCAUCAGUUCCCCUGCAAGUAGGUGAGGGUAUGAUAGUGCCUUGCCCAAAGUCUGUAAUUCCUUCAUAUAGAGUGUGUGUAGUUUCGAAAUGCUCUGAUAGAUGGCAGGCAACUCGUCAAGGCGAUUCAGGAGGCCCGCUAGUCUACAAUGGUGAUAUCGUUGGAGUUGUUCACGGGGCUGUUCUGUAUCCAACAAUUUCGUACGAAUUCUGUAUGAUCAGUUCAUAUUUGGAAUGGAUUCAAGGAGUGAUGCGUUUUAACGGAUACAAGAUUUAACUUCUACUACUACUUUGUACUUUAAACCCGUGUGGACUUCUACAGUCAUCACUCGCAUAAAAAGGGUUUUUGAAUCCGAUGUCAAGUCGGUUCUACUGUACGGCUGUGGAACUUGGCCCGUGACACAAGACAUAAGCAGAAGACUGCAGGUGUUCGUAAACAAGUGUUUGCGGCGAAUCGUUGGAGUCUUCUGGCCACGGACCAUCUCUAAUGCGAAAUUAUGGGAAUCGACUGGACAAAACCCUAUAGCCAAAGAAUACUUAUGCGGAAAUGGCGCUGGACAUGUCUUACGAAGCCCAAACAACCACUAGUCCAAACAAGGGUUGACUUGGAAUAUUCCCGGAUCAAGGGGGAGAGGUCGCCCGCGGACUACCUGGAGGCGCACGGUAGAAAAGGAGGCUAACUCAGUGGGCCUCGGCUGGGCACGCCUGGAGGAGGCCGCAUCGGACCGGGAACAGUGCAAUGGAAAUCCUUCCUAAGAGCCCUAUGCCCCUGAUGAGGGACAAUAGGAUAAAAUCAUCAUCAUCGUCAUCACUACUACUUUAGCGACCCAAAAAAGGUCAUGAUCUCCGACAAAAGAGAUCGCCACUCUGUCCUAUCCUGCGCCACUUGACGCCGAGUGCGAGCAAGAUUGAAUAAAGUGAUACAAAAAU